GCAAGAAAGACAUCUGUCAAUUUAACGAGAAUCGAGCGGCGACGUAGCUAAUUAACGUGUAAUACGGGACGCGACAAAAACCCGAUAAAAUGCUCUAGAAAUUCAGCUUAUAAUCCUGGAUUGUCGUUCAUUGUUCGUAGGUGGUUCCGCGAUGUGUUUUUCCAAAAAGGAGCUAAGCAAACAGUGAGUGUGAAACAGCUGGCUAAACGGGGUUGCAUGUGCAAGGAUUACGUAGUGACAUGCAAAGAUGGCUGGACUUUAAGCAAUAAUAGUAUUUUCACAUUCUUCAGCAUGAUACUGAACUUCUUUACGGAAGGCUUAAUGAUAGAAAGCGUUGGAUGGAGAGUGAAGAUUGUCAGGCCUUAUACACAAAUAUUCAAAUUUCUGGGAGCGAUCCAUCAGUGAUAACCCCCGACGUUAUUACCAACUCAGAAGACAUCCGUUCACUGCAGAGUGAACCUUUAAACUUGAAGGUGCACAAGGAAGGAAUAAUUACCAUCGACGAGUCUGUUCCAGACACUGCCACUGAAAUUGAACUAUUUUCCACAAUUGAUCAGCGCUACCCAAGAAAGCGCGCGAGGUGGUGUUUGGAAGGUAAUGCAGCAUCGGGGGCGGAAACUGUCUCCCCUUCUUCGAACGUUUCGGAACGUUUGUCGGCAGGCGCCAUCAAUACGGCGCCCCAACUUAUUGCGACCACGAUUUCGGCCGCAGCUCUAUCAGCGGCUCAGGGGUCGCAGCAAGGGGGAGCAGCAGCUCCACCCGCAGCUGCCGCAAACCCCGGGCAGCCGCAAGGUAAGCGAAAAUGUUCCGGAAGUGGUGCAGACGGCGACUAUCAGCUCGUGCAGCACGAGGUGCUGUACUCUAUGACAAAUCAGUAUGAGGUGCUUGAGUUUCUGGGCAGAGGCACCUUCGGCCAGGUGGUGAAAUGCUGGAAGAAAGGCACUAAUGAGAUUGUGGCGAUUAAAAUUCUAAAAAACCAUCCGUCUUAUGCACGACAAGGCCAAAUCGAGGUCAGUAUCCUAUCGAGAUUGAGUCAGGAGAAUGCCGACGAAUUCAAUUUCGUUAGAGCGUAUGAGUGCUUCCAGCAUAAAACUCAUACAUGUUUGGUCUUUGAGAUGUUGGAGCAGAAUCUGUACGAUUUUUUAAAGCAGAAUAAAUUUAGUCCUCUACCUCUGAAGUAUAUCAGGCCAAUCUUACAGCAAGUUCUGACUGCGUUGCUAAAACUGAAGCAACUUGGGUUGAUCCAUGCCGAUUUAAAACCCGAGAACAUUAUGCUGGUGGACCCAGUGCGCCAGCCCUACCGGGUGAAAGUGAUUGACUUUGGCUCGGCUAGCCAUGUCAGCAAAGCCGUAUGUAACACUUACUUGCAAUCCCGUUAUUACCGGGCACCGGAAAUCAUCCUCGGAUUGCCAUUUUGCGAGGCUAUAGACAUGUGGUCCUUAGGUUGCGUGGUCGCUGAGCUAUUCCUAGGCUGGCCGCUCUAUCCUGGCUCAUCCGAAUAUGACCAAAUUCGAUACAUUAGUCAGACGCAGGGCUUGCCCACUGAGCACAUGUUGAACAACGCAUCGAAAACUACGAAAUUUUUUUACAGAGAUAUGGAGAGUACAUAUCCAUUUUGGCGACUUAAAACUCCUGAAGAACAUGAGGCGGAAACGGGGAUUAAGUCGAAAGAAGCCCGCAAAUACAUCUUCAACUGCUUGGAUGAUAUCGGUCAAGUGAAUGUUCCUACUGAUUUAGAAGGCGGCCAAUUGUUGGCCGAAAAAGUGGACCGCAAGGAAUUCAUUGACCUCCUGAAAAGGAUGCUAACUAUGGACCAGGUAGAGCGCCGAACUACUCCCGGAGAAGCUCUGAAUCACGCUUUUGUGCGGUUGGCCCAUCUGAUAGACUACGCUCAUUGUAACAACGUGAAGGCGAGCGUGCAGAUGAUGGAAGUAUGUCGCCGCAGCGACAACAGCACGACAGCUACAGCUGCGCACCACCCACCAGCUCAACAGGCUCCUUCCCUGGUGGCGAAUUUUGUGCCAAGCUCAAAUGGAAAUGUUACUUUUACUAUCAAUAAUCAAUUGACUAAUCAAGUGCAGCGCUUGGUGAGAGAUCGACCGGCCUAUGAUAACUUGUAUCAUAUAUACAAUGGACGCGCUGUAGGUCGUCAAUACGCAACCAGUUCCCGCGCGGAUCCGUUCCCACAUCAGUUGGUAUCGAGCAUUCUAUGUCCUGCGGGUUAUCAAGGCAUGGGCGGUUCACCUGCCAAGCAUGUAACUGUGGUGCAACAGCCUCAGUUGCAAAUUCAGCCCCCAAUUUUGAGCCAGCCCGGUCAACAACAAUAUGUUCCGGUGAGUGUUGUGGAACCAUCCGGUCGCCAAAUGCUUUUAACGAAUGCCGUUCAAACAUCGUGGCCCACAACCCGGCAACAAAUGGCUAUUGUGCCAUCAUGGCAACAAUUGCCACCACAGCACGCAACCAUUCAACAACCCCUUCUAUCGGAGGCGGAAUGGGGCAGGCCCUUGCUGGUGGAUUCUUCAGCCAUUCUGCAGGAACAAAGACCUGUUUUUAAUGUGGAUGUUACUGCCGAAGUCUACAAUCCCACUAUUAUGGAGCAUGCAGGCUCCUGGGGCGGCAGUAAGAGAAGUUCGCGUGCUCAUUACAGCCAACAAGCCGUGCCACCGCACAACCAUCACCAUCUGAUGGUACCACCACACCAUCGUUCCCAACAUGAUAAGAAGGAGCAAACCCAACUGUCUCCGGUGAAGAAGCGCGUUAAGGAGGGCACCCCGCCCUCCGAGCCUUGCUCGAGCAGCAGGAGAAGUAAUGCCUCUAAUGGAAGCUGGCCACAUCAGGUCACUUCUCAGGAUCACCAUACUCAGACCUAUAACACUCAUCAGGGACACCACCACGGCCCAAGAGUCAAGACGCAAAACAUCGUCAAUGAUCAUACAAUCACGAUUAACGAUACACCGUCGCCCGCAGUCAGCGUCAUCACUAUAUCGGAUAGUGAGGAUGAGGGAAUACAUGGAAAGAAAACAGUGCAGACCAACACUGUGGGCACCCAGCAAGGCCACAGCCACCACUCCUCCGGCCAGCACCAUCACAGCAGAAAGAAUGUUAUCAGCUGCGUUAAUCUUCAGGACAGCGACAACGAAGAACAAUCUUCCUCAAAGAGCCACCACAACCACCAUGCGAACCACCAUGCCGUUCAGCCACAAGCGCCAUCUUACCACAACCAGGUGAUCAAAAACGAACCGUCCUCCUGUUCCUCAGGUAGCAAUAGCUUGGCAUAUACGUCGCAAAAGAAACGGCUUCUGGCCAAAGCGCAAUCCGAGUGCAUGCUGAAUGUGGCCACCAAGCAGGAACCAGGUAGGGAGGACGAUAGUUGCUUGUACGAGCCGCGGUGGAAACCUGCCGGUUUUGCAGACGUUAACGAAUACUAUGGACAGCACUGCAGCUCGGCUUGCAAAGAGCAGCCGUCGGCUUCGUCGCAGACUUACGGCCAUUAUUCGGGCUCGAAUAUCGGCCACGAAAUGCCCAACUACUCGUCUUCGUCGGGUAAUGUCGAGAAGCGAGUCAGUUGGGCGCCUCCGGCUGCUCACAAUCCAUCAUCCAGUCAUUCGAGGCGCCAUUCCGCAGUUCCGGUGGUUAAUUUGCGCGAAUAUGCCACCCAAGUGCCCCAUCCGGAGUAUAUUCAGCCGCCCGCUGCCCACUCUAGUGGACGGGAUGCGCAUCUUCUAGCCCCACCUGGCAAAGGCUGGGGACCAGCACAGGCGAUAGCCCAAACUUACAGGCACACAACCGCUCAUCUGUCGCCUCAGCCCCUAGCGGCCGCCCCCAGGCUGUCUCCUCAACAUCCUCUAGCCGCCGGACAGCCUCUAUAUCACCAGACAACCGAACUGUAUAGAAGGCCCGUUUACGUGACUACCACUCAGGCUACCGCAUAUCUUCCGGCCACACAUCAAGUGGCUCCUGGCGGGCGAGGUCUUCCGCCGCCCCCUGCACACCAUUCUUCAGCCCGGCCGGUGCUGGCUAGUCAUCCCAGCCAUCCACUGCCUGCCCAUCUGCAGUUCCCUUCACAUGCUCAGGUGGCUGCAGCUGGUUAUGGUUUCGCUCCGCUAAGCCCCGCCAAAGGGUACCAGGCGAACUUGUGGUUCACUGAAUAGUGGUACCUGAUCAUCCCUCGAGCGAUGCAAAUAUUAAGAAGCAUUUACUAGUUGCCGUUAUUCAAUCAAGUGAAACGUUUAGUAUUGUAAUACAACAAGAAUUGACCGAAUUACCCAACUGCAACGCGCCCGCUCUAGAAGAUAAGAAGUGUUCGAAUUUUCAGAAGCAGUUGGUGCGUAUAAAUUUUCGCAUAGUGUUUUAGUUGCGUAAGAAAUUGGAAACUUUUGUUGGGGUAAUGUUUUUCUGAUUUUUGGUGUUGGAAAGAGCAGUACUCUCACUUGAAAUUACGAAAAACCUUGCAAAUGUAAGGAAUCUGCAUUGUUUUGUUUGAUUAAUUGAGUGCCUAAUUAACUGUUUUGGACAGUGCAAAUUACGAAGCGUUUCUCGUGUUCUUUCUGUUCGGUAUUUGCUUUCCACUAUACCCAAUUAGUGAUAGUAGUUGAUAGGAAUUAUGGAGAUUUCAUUAGUUUUAAAUUUUCGGUUAAGAUGUGAUAAUUACUGUUUUAAUACGAAGGUAACAAGCAAGGGUCGAUUGUACAUAAUCCUUCAACGCUUGAUAGUUUUCGCUUUUACUGCCCUUCAUCUCAAAUUAUUAUUCUAGUUUUGAGAGCCUUGGUUCUACUUUGGUUUUGUAUAUCAAAGCCAAACUUUCGCUCCUGUUUAAUUCAAGUGUUAAAAACGUUUUAAUUAAUUAGGAUUUUCGAUGUCGCCUGGGUCGAUUUCAUGGUUAUUUACAUGUGAGAGGGUUUGUGCUUAAAUUUGCACGUUUUCUGUACUGGCAACUGUUUAAGCACAGGCCCUUUGGGUUUUACUUUCUCUGUAGAUGUUAGAAUUUUAUUUUAAUUUUCAAUUUCAACCCUUUUCACCCAUUUAAUAAUUGUGUAAUUCUAGAGUAAACUGUUUGGGGAUCUAAGGGAUAUUGUUGACAUUUAAUUGAUAGUUUUACAUGUGGUGUAUUAUCUAUGUACCAAAAGUUUGGGUCAAUUUGAUUAAUCAUUUGCUUAAGUAGAUUAAGAAGUCAGCUGUGUUUUCCUCACUAAAUGACUAGGGCGAGUUCGGGGUGCACAAAAUGAAUAAAAUCGGCCGAGAAUUGAAUUUAUUUGCUGCAAAAUGUGCAGCUGGAGGUCGCCCAGUAGGAAUAUUGAUUUUUGUAUGUAAUAUCAAGAAAUUAACGUAGAUUAAUGACUAGGAUUUUUACUGUGGCGUUUAGUAAGAUACAAUUUGAUGUGCCUGUUUCAGAAUAAUCUAUAAUUGUCUGUACUCUAUUGUUUUCGACGUUCAAAGUGUUUUAGUGAGCCAAAAUGCUUGGCAAACAUUUUGGCGCGCGUUGUACUAUUGUUAGUAAGCAAACGUUCGCACUUAGAUGUCUUAAAUGUUAUUCAGCAGGGAGUUUCUUACGUCAAUAGAGUAACACGAUAUAAUAUAGUUGUGAUAUUUAAUAAUUACUAGAUCGUUUUUAAAUGUACAUAUUUGAAGCCUCCAAUGCGGUGGUGGGAGUUUGAAGAGUUUUUGCCGAACCUUUAACGGUAGAUAGUAACGGUUGCUUACCGAUAAGGGUGGGUGUUGAUUUUUACAUAAACAAAUUAUAAGACUGUCCAAUGUCCAUGUGUAGCACACAACAAAUUGAGAUUAGGCAAUUAGUUAGUUCGUUGAGCGGCGUGGAAACUCUUCCAAAUUCGACCGGGCCAAGAAUCAUUACUCGGUACUUGUACCUUUACAACAUUAUAGAUGUUAGAUAUACUAGAUGUGUAAAAUAACUAAAUAUUUUUGGAUUUUCUAGACUAGGUUUUUGGGGUAUAUUAAUAUUAAAACAAACUAUUUAUCAGAUUUUUCACUGCUGUAACGAUAGCGCGCGCUCGGAAGUGGCAUUUAAGCCACAAAAUCAAUUAGACUUCAAGCCGAAAGCCGAACCCGCUCCUCAGUUUAUUUCCCAAUGGACCAAACGCAAUUCUUCAAAGCCAUUUUCGACGCGUCCCACAAGCUCCUAAGGUAUCUCUCAAAUGUAACGUUAGAAGAAACGUAACUUUUGCUGUGGUGUUUGAAACUAUUUAUAAAUGUUCGUAAUAUUUGCACUCUAGUGGGAAACAUUGUCCUAGUUGUAGCUCUCGUUUUACAGUUCCUUUUUGUCGGGAUUUCUUCUUUACCACCACUUUAGGCUUUAGGGGCCGGUAAAUAGCUGCCUUCCAGUCACAGUCCAUUAACCAAUGACGCUCUUUACUGUCCCUCAAAGCCAAUAAACUGAGCCAUCAUUUGAUAAACUAUCAUAUAUAAAUAAAUAUCAGCAUGUAUAUAAGUAUAAUGUACCUUUUAUCGGUUGUUGAUUCAAAGGUCUUUUUUCUGUGAUGGAAAUUUAACAAAGCUCGUUACUUUGCAUGUGCAUCAUGUCCCGAACGAUGUGGUCAUGCUUUCGGAUAUAACAAAAGUUUCCGUCGAAAAAAUUAUUGCAGACCUUCCUUAAAUUGGCUUUUUACUAAAUUAGUUUUAAAGUUCGUGAGGCCCCUUAAAAUUGCGUUUUUGAAACUGAUUUUUAAUAUCGAUGCUAGAUAACUGUUUUUAAAUAAUUAAAUUAAAUGCUAAAUUCGUCCCUAAACGCUGAAUGUUGCAAAAAAGUUGCAAAUGAUUUUCCGGUAAAUUAACCGGUUACUUACUUGCCCCAGAAAGGUCUAAACAAUUAAAAGAAACACUGUUGUAUGUUUUUUUUUUAAUUUCUGCUUUAAAAAGACAGAUUUUUCAUUUUAAACUUGGAGUAAAUUGUGACACUGUGUUGAAUGCGCCUCUAGUUGGAGAAAUUCAAGAAAUAAAUGCUGGGAAGGAACGUUGAGAACAACAUUUUUGCAAGUCGCUCGCAGGCAACUUGAGAUUGUCUAUUUCGCGUUUUGACACAAAAUCGGAAUAAAAUGAGCCCAUUGGUG